AUGGCGGCAUCUACGUCUCGUCCCCUCGAGUACCUGGAAAGCCUGCCUGGAAUGACCUUCAACAAGCUGUAUCAACAGCCGUCCACAGCACUCGCUAUCUUUCGGCGAAUGCUGCCUGAUCUGGCAAAAUGCUUUGUCAUGGCACUUUUAUAUCUGAAAGAUCCUUUGCCGACACAGGAUCUUGAGCUCUGGGUGAAAGCCGAGAGCAAGAAGCAGCGCGAUAACGCACUCUCAAUUUUGGGACGGCUGCACAUUCUAUCGAAGACUUUCACCGCCGAGAAUGUUAGCGCUUAUAUGGUCACCAACCCGUUCGCAUCUUCCCUCCGAAAAGCCCUCAUGGGCUCCGAGGAUUCUCAGUCAUUCGGCGUCUUCUCCCAGAUCCGUGGUGAACACCCCGUGUCGAUCGCCGACCUCGACGAAUAUGCGCGUCGCCAGUGGGAAGGUGUGUUGGGCUACAUGGUUGGAACGAGUGCUCUUAGCGGACAACGAGACAUCAACCUCAGCAAGGGUGUGAAGCAACUGCUUCAAGCGGGUCACCUCGUCGAGAUUCGCGAUCGCCGAGUGGAUAUUACGAAGGAUGGCUUUGGCUUCGUGCUUCAGGACGUCAACACGCAAGUCUGGCAUAUCUUGAUCCUUUAUGUCGAGAGUGCCGAGGCCAUCGGUAUGGACAGCGUCGAGGUUCUCUCAUUCUUGUUCCUGCUCAGUAGUUUGGAGCUGGGUCAAUCUUAUGAGAAGAAAUACCUGUCGUCUGUUCAGCUUCGAACCCUGGCCGACCUCGCCGACUUUGGCAUCGUUUACCAAGAGACGCCCGAAGCUACCCGCUUCUACCCUACACGACUGGCGACUACACUGACAUCCGACUCGAGUGCUCUGGGCAGUACUGUUGGUAGCUCGUUGACCGGGCCCGCAGGUCAGCCCGGCACCUCCGGUACAGGAGCGGGUUUCAUCGUCAUCGAAACAAAUUACCGCCUCUACGCAUAUACCUCCUCGCCGCUCCAAAUUUCUCUCAUCUCCCUCUUUACAACCCUCAAGUACCGCUUCCCAAACUUGGUGACCGGCAAAGUUACCCGGCAAUCAGUGCGCCGCGCCAUCGACAUGGGUAUUACCGCAGACCAGAUCAUUUCAUACCUACACACCCACGCACACCCUCAGCUGCGUAAGCACAACGCCGCGCAUGCAACCUCUAAUACAUCGAGCAUCCCGCCCUCGGUUCUUCCACCCACCGUGACGGAUCAGAUCCGACUGUGGCAGCUGGAGCGUGAUCGACUCCGAGCCACCGCUGGCUUCCUAUUCAAGGACUUCACUUCUUUGCAGGAAUACCAGGCUCCAUGCCAGUAUGCCGCGGAAAUCGGCGUGCUGGUCUGGAAGUCGGACCGAAAGCGCAUGUUCUUUGUGAUGCGGCAUGAGCAGGUCGCCGCAUUCCUUCGAAGCAAGAAAUAG